GUAGUAUAAAGUCCUCCCAGUUCAUCAGGACACGCAGAGACGUCGGAGCUAUCGUCAUGGCUUGUUUAACGCUGUUCUUGCUAAUUGGUUGGCUGACAGUAGCGGCGUUCGGCAGGCCCACGUGUAACUGCCCGAACGAGUUACGUUUAGCAUGCGGUACUGACGGAAGAACAUACAGGAAUGUUUGCCAAGCACGCUGCGCUGGUACCCAGGUAGUGCACCGUGGUUCCUGUAGGGUAAGGCCGAGCUACAGACCAUGGUGCAGCAUAGGGUCGACUCCCGUUUGUGGGAUGGAUGGCAGGACUUACCGUGACAUCUGCACUCUGAGGAGAGCCGGUAUGUUAAAAAUACGAGAUGGAAUUUGUGGAGCCAGACCGCCUGUCUGUAGAUGUCCUCGUAACCUGUCACCAGUCUGUGGCACUGACGGAAACUCGUAUGACAACAAAUGUCUGCUGGCGUGUGCAAACGUGGAAAAAGCCUCAGACGGUGAAUGUCCAAAACCGUGCAUCUGUACUUUGGAAUAUGUCCCUGUGUGUGGUAAGGACGGCACAACGUACGACAACAAAUGUAAUCUGGAUUGUGCCGGCGUAGAGCUUCUCUCCGAUGGCACAUGUCCGACCGAGCCACCUCAAUGUUUGUGUUCCCGUAUUCUCAAACCAGUCUGCGGGACGGACGGAAGGACGUACAACAACGAGUGUCUUAUGGACUGUGCAAACGUGGAAAAAGCCUCAGACGGAGAAUGUCCUAAACCGUGUAUUUGCACUUUGGAAUAUGUGCCUGUGUGUGGUAAGGACGGCACAACGUACGACAACAAAUGUAAUCUGGAUUGCGCUGGUGUCGAGAAGAGAAGCGAUGGUUCAUGCUAGACUUUAUUACCAGAAGGGACUAAUCAGAUCUGGACACUCUAAAGACGAAAUACAUUUUUUCUCUGUAAUAUCUAAUGUGUUAUUUCAUUUGAUCAACAUACUAUCGUGAUAUUUAAUGCUGAUUCUUUAUUGUAAAUUGAAAUAUUUUCUUAUAUCCAAUUUGUAAUGCCAAUAGCCUAUAAUUAAAACUCUUUUAAGCAUG